AUGUCCGGGGGUCCAGUUCCAGUGUACAAGAAAUAUACUACCGGUUCCAAAGGGAUCUGGGAAAUACUAAGACAAUGGUUGACUUUGGUGCCAAACCGUUCUUCUGGUAACCCAAUAGUCCCACUCUACCGUGCCGUGCCACCAGGUUCUCAACCAAAGGCCCCACUUUAUACUGAUCCAUUCACCAUUCCAACCGGGGAUAUCAAAGCCAACCCAUUCUACAAGCGUGACCACCGUCGUAACUAUCCUCAGAUAUCUUCUUUUGACCAAACAAAGAUCUCUGGUCUCUUGACCCUUGGAUCAGUUUCCAACCCUCGUAUUUCCAUCGGUAACAAGGGCCAAGAAGAAUUAUUGCCAUUCAAGGCCUCCAAUGACGAAACCUUGUUGAGCAAGACCUUGCCUACGGUUUCCCGUAAAGUCAUCCAAGAAGAGAUCCUUGGGGCUCAAAAUAGUGCCAUUGUUGCCCCAAGUUUGACUAGAAAGAGAACCUGGGUCAUCGUUCCUGAAGCCAAGAACGGUAUCUACGGUCCAGAAUUCCCAUGUCGUCUUUUCAAUACCGUUCCAGUUCAAAACGCUUGA